AUGCAGGAAGGAGGACGUGACCCCAGAGAGGAGGAGGAGGGAGAGGGGGAGGAGGAGGAGCCCUACACAUUUGCUGAAAUCGAUGACAAUGACUACGACACCGUUCUGGCCCAGCGGAGCACAAAGCAGAAAAGUGGGGGCCGGUCCUUCAUCAUCAACAGGCCUCCUGCGCCUGCCCCUCGGCCCCCCAAGAGCCUGCUGCAAGAGGGGACCACGCCGUACAUAGCUCGGGUGUUUCAACAAAAAGCCAGAAGCCAAUCUGAUGGUGACAAGUUCCCUGGUCCCAAGAAACAAGACAGAGCCCGGGACGGGAUUCCCGUCUCCGCCAUGGCCAGGAGCUGCCUGGAUGCUGAUCAGGAGGAGCUGAUCGUCCUGCAGGAGAGGGUGCGCAAUGGGGAGCUGACCGUGGACAAGGCCCUGGAGAGGUUCCGGCGCUGGCAGCAGGGAAAGGAGGACCUGGAGGCCCGGCAGCAGGAAAAACUGCGCCAACUCCGAGACUGCAUUAUUGGGAACAGGCCAGGCGACGAGAACUUCUAUGGUCAUCUCACCAUCGUGCACCACCCUAAUGGUAAGUGUCGCUCAAAAGUCCUGCCAAAACCACAACAGCCAGCCAACCUCAGUGCUGACGUGAACUCACUCAGUUAG